AUGAAAUCCUCUGUAUUAUUGAUGUUAUUGGGUACCUCGAGUCUGAUUUUCGUCAAUUUGAAUGGAGCCCUUCAACGUGGAUCUUUGAUCAAGCACGUAUGCGAUAGGUAUAAUUCUGACAAAGUAUUGAUAAUAUUGGGAUCGAAUAAUCUAUUAUUUGAAAAAUCUACGAUCUGGUAUGGGGUAAUUAACACGCUCUCAAAUGACGGAAUAUCGACAAGCAUUGUCGAUUUCAAUGCACUCAACUUAUCCCUAAAGACUGUCAAUGCAAAGAAUAUGCACGUACUUAUUGUACUCGUGCUGGAUACUAUCGAAGAAUUGAAGAAUUUCGAAUCAAUUGCUGAGGGAUUGUACACAAGUUAUGCUAUUUGGUUGAUACUUUUCACGAGCGACAGUAGUCAAGAUCUCUGUGAAUUCUGUCGUAAACCGCAUGGAAAUUUAUCAAACCCGAAAUUCGGUCAAAAAGUGCUCACUUUAUGCUGCCACUCGAAUGUAAUUAUGGAAUGGAGGUAUAGCGAGACAAAUCGCAUCCGAAGACUGGAAGUUGGUCGACUCAUGGAUGGAAAACCUGGAAUUGUGUGGUCCUCGGAUGAGUUGGAUCAUAACCGCAAAUACUCAAUGGAUGGAAAAACAUUUCGCGUUAUCGGCGUCAAGACAUCCAUUAUGUUGUGGGAAGAAGAUGGUGUGUUUUCGGGAAUCCUAGGUGAAUUGUUAACGGAAUUAUCUCAAGCAAUGAAUUUCACGUUAUCAAAAAUAAUCUGGGAACAUGAUUACGGAAUAUGGAAUCCAAAGACGUCCAAUUGGACGGGAGCAAUUGGAAGAAUCCAUCGACGAGAAGCUGACAUUGGUGUUUCUGAUUUCUUUAUGACUACUCAACGAUACGCUGCGGUUUCGUUUACUUCUCCAAUUUUUUUUACACCAUUGAAAUUGCAUUUUAAGAAACGCCAUGCUGAUAAUUUAACAUGGAAUGCUUAUUUCAAGGCGUUAACAAUAGACGUCUGGGUGGUUAUUCUUGGUCUGAUCCUGAUAACGCCUCUGUUGCUGACUCUCAUUAGAUACAGAAGAAGAGAUAAUUUUUUUGCUUUUCUCUUUGAACACUAUUCAUAUGUCUGGGGUAUUUACUGUCAACAAGGCGUGCCAGUGUGUCCCCAAGGAAUAUCUCCGAGGAUUAUUUAUUUAUCGAUAUUGAUGUCGGCGAUGGUCACCUUAGGCGCAUAUUCUGGAUCGAUGAUCAGUACCCUUACCGUGUCUUCAGAUUCAACGUUCAAUACAAUGGACGAAUUCGUGGAAGGCGGCUCUCAUAAACUCAUAGUUUUAGAUCGUACCCUGGUCACUGAUUUGUAUAAGUUCACUGACGAGAGGAUGAGGAUGAAAAUGAUGUCCCUUUUGAAACCAGAGCAUUCGCUCCCUCAAAGCAUUCAUGAAGCAUUCUACCAGGUAUGCAGGGAGAAAGUAGCAUUUUUCACGGUCGAAGCCACGAAGACAGCUUUACUCAAUCGAAUACCUUGUGAAAUUUCAUCCGUUCAGACUGGAGUAAUAGGAACCGCAGGAAUGAUCAUGCCGUUGGGGAGCAAAUAUCGGACUGCUCUCAAUCACCAUCUUCAGCAGUUAAAACGCAUAGGAUUAUUACAACGGUUGGAGCAUAAGUACUUAAGGCAGUUUGAACGAGGAAAAUCAGGUCAUCCACCAGUGACAGUGGAACGAGUUGUACCGAUUUUGUUCGUUUUAGCUAUUGGAUUCUUGAUCGCCGUUAUCAUUUUCACCGUUGAACGAAAUGUUCAUUUGUCUGCAACGAUCUCACGUGACCGCAAAAGACGGAGGGUGCUUUCAGGAAAGUGCAAGACUUUUUCGUUUCCAACGUAA